AUCCAGUUAACCGAUUGUUUCCCAUCAGCUGCUAAGCGGAUAGAAGAGCCAAACUGAAUGCUGCACUUUCGCCUUUAAAGAGAAAAACACAAAUCAACGCAAUUAUUUUGUGCUGCGGAGCAUUUAACCAGGCCUCAAACUGACUGACAUCAGCAUGGGCAUUGAGAGUCAGGGCCCGAGUCGCCCUGCAGGAAACCUGAUGCCACGGCAGGUCAAGACCUUUCAAAGUGUGGAGCCCAAAGCUCUGGGGUCCAUUCAGAUCAUCAUUGCCGUGCUGUGCUUGUGUCUGAGCAUCACCAUUCUUCAGCUCUACGAAGAGAUCCACUUCUCUCCUGACGUCAUUGUUGUAAUUGUGAUUGUUGUUCAGCUGUUUGUGUCUGGAUCCAUUUUAAUCCAUGCUGGAAGAUUCCCAUCUCUAUUCUGGGUGAGUACAAGUUCAGAGUUGCAGAACCAAUAAAUCUACCUGCCUACUAACUAUAAACCCACCCAACAGUUGACUAAAUCAGUGUUUCUUAAAUUUGUUGUGCCUGUUAAAGAUUUUCCUGAAGGAUUUGUGCUUUACUUUGAAUUGAGUUUGUUUUACUUUGCAUGUCGUUGUGCUUGUCUUUUUUUACAUGAUUAUUUAUGCAUUUAUGUUUUUAAUUGGCAUUUGUAUUUUUGUUUUGUUUUGUUUUUGUGUUUCAUUAUGUUUUGCUUAGCAUUUUGUUUAGUUUUCUUUAGCUUAGGUUUUAGCUGUUAGCUGUGUUUUUGUUUGCUUAGCUCUUUUUCUGUUUUGCUGUUUUCUUUUUCUUUUAUUUUGUUUUGUAUUUUGUUUUAUU